AUGCGAGCGUUGUGUGUUUUCACCUGUCUGUGUGUCUGCGUCUUCACUUCAGUGUGGCCGUUACAGAUGCAGUGUUACCAGUGUGAGGAGACGAUGCUCAAUAAUGACUGCUCUGCUGCAGCCUUCAUCGUAAACUGUACAGCAAACAUUCAGGACGCGUGUCAGAAGGAGGUGAUGGAGAACACACACGGUGUGUUUUAUCGGAAGGCGUGUGCAUCCUACACCACGUGUCUGAUCGCCUCAGCAGGGUAUCAGCGGUUCUGCUCUCCGGGUCGUCUGGGCUCCGUGUGCAUCAGCUGCUGCAACACCCCUCUGUGUAAUGGACCACGCCCUCCGCACACACACUCCACAGCGCGCACACACACCUGCACGCACAGCCAAUACCUCCUCUCCAUCCUCACACUGACUGCUGCAGCCCUGCCCACCCUCAUGCUCUGA